GUUUUCUCAGUGAAGGUUAUACGCAACAAACAAACUGGUCAGUCAGAAGGAUAUGGAUUUAUCGAGUUUUAUUCACGUGCAGCAGCUGAGAAAGUUUUGCAGACUUUUAACGGCACACUGAUGCCAAACACAGAGCAGCCCUUCCGUUUAAAUUGGGCAACUUUCAGUGCUGGUGAAAAGCGAUCAGAGUCUGGUUCCGAUCUAUCUAUAUUUGUAGGAGAUUUGGCUGCAGAUGUGACUGAUGCAAUUUUGCAAGAAACGUUUUCUAGCAGAUUUUCUUCUGUUAAAGGUGCUAAAGUCGUUAUUGAUUCAAAUACUGGUCGUUCAAAAGGUUAUGGUUUUGUUAGGUUUAACGAUGAAAAUGAGAGGUCAAGUGCCAUAACUGAAAUGAAUGGAGUCUACUGUUCAAGCAGACCCAUGCGCAUAGGUGUUGCAACCCCCAAAAAGUCUCCUGGGUAUCAACAACAGUAUAGUUCACAAG